AUGGAUGAUCUCUCUAUUAAGACUCUCGGAGAAUGUCGUAUGAUGAUCGGUCCUCCGCUAUUUCAACACGUCGGCAAAGUUUCGUCACUUCCAGGAAAAGCUCAGAAACUGAAAGAAAGUUAUUUUGAAAAGCACAGUUUCAAGUCAAAUCGUGGGAAUCCACCGGCACAUGUUACAUCUUCAAUGAAACACUAUUUGCGCCAUACUGCGCAAGCAGGAUACAAUAAUCAUGGAUUCAUGUGGUUUUCUGAAGUCGAUGCCAAUGACUACGUGAGAAUCGAGUUCGACAAGCCCGUUAAAAUCGUCGGGAUCCUCAUAAUCAGUGGUGUCGCACCGGCGCCACUUGAUCAAUUCGGACCCGAAACGGAGGUCUACGUUAAUAUCGGAAUCUUCGAGGAAGAGCGGAAAUGGAUAAAUUUGCUCAAAACAGGAGACUUCGUAGACAUUGAAUGGACGGAAGAAGUGCAGACGGCUGAAUUGCGAUCACUCGGCUUCGAAGGAAUCUGGUUAUCGUCGCGACACCGCUUUUUGAGAUAUCCUUCGGACGUGCGAGACGGAAUUCCCAAAGGUCACCUGCACGAGACUCAUUCUAUUCCCAUAUUGUGA